UUCUCUUUAUGUUUGCUAAAAUUGGCAAAAAUUCAAGAACAGAGGCCAAUGCAAAUUUUUGGCCAGAAUCAAAAUAAUUUUGAUCUUAGUGGCAGAAAAAAAAAUUACGUUGAUUGCUACGUUAAUUGGAGAUCAAUUUAGAUCUCCAAAAGCGUAAGAAUUCUUUAGAAAAAAUUACCUCAAAAAAUGGCAUGUAAUUAUAAUACAUUGUUUUAUUUUAUCUUCUUCUUCCUCUUAAUUGAAUUCGCCAUCUCUUCCUCUUUUAUCUCUUAUGAUUCUCUUAAUGCUCAUGAACAUUUGGGUCGUGCCCUUCUUCAAGCCAAGAAAGAAUGCAACAUAAGUUUCGAGGGUUUGGACUAUAGUAUCCUCACAAACAAUUGCAAAGGACCACAAUACCCCGUGAAGCCAUGCUGUGGAGCAUUGACACAGUUUGCAUGCCCUUAUGCAGAAACCCUAAAUGACAGAACAAAUAACUGUGCAGAGACAAUGUUCAGCUACAUUAAUCUCUAUGGUAAAUACCCUCCGGGCUUAUUUGCUAACCAAUGCAGAGGUGACAAAGAUGGCCUUGCCUGUGAUGAUCCCAAAAAUAAGACUUCAAAUGCUAUUCAAUUUGGUGCUACCCAGUCUUUGAUGCUCACUGCUGGAUUUCUAGGGUUUUUCUAUUUCCAGUUGUUCUAGAUUACUUAUAUGACAAGUCACCACUACUUCAAGUUUUUUUUUUUGUUUUAAUGACAUACAUCUUAUUUCUGCAAAAAAUAUAGU